CGGCAAAUUCUUUUAGUCUCUCGCCCUUCAAAUCCCUCUCUAUAUAUAUGCAUACGAAUAUGAAUCUGAAGAUGACAGCAUUCACCCAACAACCCAAAAAGGCAAAGUAACUGGUUAAUCGACAGCAAUGGAGGACCUCCCACCGGGCUUUCGCUUCUACCCAACUGAAGAAGAACUUGUCUCCUUCUACCUCCGCAUGAAGCUCCAGGGUAAGAGGCUGCAGGAGAUCAGCCGGGUCAUCCCGGAUAUCGACAUUUAUGAGCUGGAGCCAAGUCAUCUUCCAAAGCAUGCAGGGGAGGUGUGUAAAGCGGACACUGAGCAAUGGUUCUUCUUUACUCCGCGACAAGAGAGGGAGGCCCGGGGAGGAAGGCCUAGUAGGACGACUGUGUCAGGGUACUGGAAGGCCACGGGCUCUCCCAGCUACGUCUACUCUUCAGACAAUCGGGUGAUUGGAGUGAAGAAGACCAUGGUUUUCUACAACGGCAAAGCUCCUGCUGGCAGAAAAACCAAGUGGAAGAUGCAUGAGUACAGAGCCAUUGAAACAGAUACAACCACCCUUAACAGUACUACUGCGAUUCCAAAGUUGAGGCAUGAGUUCACCCUCUCCCGAGUUUAUGUCGUAUCCGGGAGCUUCAGAGCAUUUGAUCGACGGCCCCUGGGCACAGUGGCGAGAGAAGAAACCAGCCAGCAAGUUCGACAACAUGCUGCUGCUGCGGUGUCAUCUGAUGAUCAUGAUCAUGAUCAGGAUACUCAAAUAAUGGAGAGAACAAGCUCAUCACCUGAAAGUUCGUGUUCAGGAGGAGACCAUCUUCAUCUCCAAGCCUACCCGGCACCUAUCGACGAUUUUCCAUGGGAUUGGGAUCCACUGGAUGGGCUUUAAACAAACCCAUCUUCUCAAUUCCCGAAAGCAGGGGGGGAAAAACAGAGUUUGUGAGGGUAGGGAAAGGCGACUUUGAGCUAGAUAGCCUGUAAAAUUAUUUUCCUUGGCUUAAUGUACCAAAGAAAGUAAAAUCAAUGCUAACUAAGAAAAAUAGGGUUUUCUUUUUUAUUAUAAUUA